AUGGUGGAGGCCAGGUACCAGGAGAUGAAGGAGAAAGCUAAGGCCAGCAUUGAGAAGGCAGCAGCUCCAAGUCCAGGAAAAUCAUGGGAUAUUUCAGGAGCCCCAGCCAAGGCGGCCAAGAAGAAGACGACGGCUUCCAAGCCGAAGAAGGUCGGCCCCAGCGUGGGCGAGCUGAUUGUGAAAGCCGUGGCCGCUUCCAAGGAUCGCAGCGGCGUGUCCACAGCCACCCUCAAGAAGGCUCUGGCUGCCGGAGGCUACGAUGUGGACAAGAACAAGGCAUGUGUCAAGACUGCCAUCAAGAGCCUGGUGGCCAAGGGCUCUCUGGUGCAGACCAAGGGCACCGGAGCCUCCGGAUCCUUCAAGAUGAACAAGAAGGCCAAGAAGCCCACAAAAAAAGCCGCUCCCAAAGCCAAGAAGCCCGCCGCUGCCAAAGCCAAGAAGCCGGCAACAGCCGCUAAAAAGCCCAAGAAAGCAGCGGCAGCCAAGAAGCCCACCGCUGCUAAGAAGUCCCCCAAGAAGGCCAAGAAGGCCAAGAAGCCCGCUGCGGCAGUGGCCAAGAAGGCCACCAAGAGCCCCAAGAAGGCGGCAGCCAAGAGCCCCAAGAAGGUGAUCAAGAAGGCUCCCGCAGCCAAGAAAGCCCCCACCAAGAAGGCCGCCAAGCCCAAAGCCAAGAAGGCGGCCACAGCAGCCAAGAAGAAGUGA